AUGACAAGUGGCGCCAUAUCCAUAUCCUCCAAUCGAGGCCAAAAUAAAUCCCGUAUCAUCGUUCGGUACCCUUCUCCGUUGACCGCCUUUCUUAUCUUCAAAGAAAUAAGGACCGAUGACGACGCCAGACCAAAAUCCACCCCAGACAGUAAUCUUUUCUGGAUGCAAUUGACGCUCUACAAUCUUUCGUGGGUUUGCUUCACUCCAAAUCCGACAGUUCUGCUUAACAAAGCUGAUCAACCAAAAAUGAUCCUCAUCGCUAAAAAUGAUUUUCUGGCCGAACUCAGGGUCUGCUUUCAAAUGCUCUAG